AUUCAAUUACAUUAUAAAAUUUAUGGACAAAGUUUAUUAGAUAAAUUUCAUCCAAUUUCAUCAAAUGGUUUAUCCACUGAAUUAGAUCCAUCAUCGGAUGAUAAUAAUAAAGAUAAUUCAAAUAUAUUAAAUGAAAGUGAUAUUCUAUUAGAAACACCUGAAGCUUUAGCUUUACAAAAAACACAAGCUGAAUUACGUAGUAAAUUAAAACAUUUAUCAACAACACAUGAAAAACAAGUGAAAUCACUUCCUAAAGGU